CGUCCCAAACUCACUGAAACAGGCAUCACUACAGAUCUCAGAACAUCCAACAUGGGGAAGAUCAUCUUCUACGAGGACAGGAACUUCGGGGGGCGCUCCUAUGAGUGCAGCAGCGACUGCGCUGACCUGCACUCCUACUUCAGCCGCUGCAACUCCAUCCGAGUGGAGAGCGGCUGCUGGAUGGUGUACGAGCGCCCCAACUACAUGGGCUACCAGUACUUCCUGCGCAGGGGCGAGUAUCCCGACUACCAGCGCUGGAUGGGCUUCAACGACUCCAUCAGGUCCUGUCGCACCUUCACCUAUACGCACGGAGGCCCUUACCGCAUAAGGAUUUAUGAACGUCCUGGAUUUGAAGGCCAGAUGUCCGAGUGCAUGGAUGACUGCGAGUCUGUUCACGACCGCUACCGGUACAGGGAGAUCAACUCGUGUCACAUCAUGGACGGCUACUGGAUCUUCUACGAGCAGCCCCACUACAGAGGCAGGCAGUACUUCCUGAGGCCCGGAGAGUACAGGAGGUUCAGCGACUGGGGGGCAAGCUCCCCAGUGGUUGGAUCUUUUAGGCGCAUCAUGAAUUUCUAAAGGGCCAGAAUUGUGGUACAAUCCCAUGCUCAAUAAACCAGCCUAAAAGACGG